GAUUCAACCUCAACUGGAGUGACACAGUCAACCACAACCGUAGUGACGGAAUCAACUACAGAUUCAACCUCAACUGGAGUUUCACAGUCAACCAUAACUGGAGCGACACAAUUAACUACCACUGAUGUAACAGAAUCAAUUACAACUGCUGCAACACAAUCAUCUUCAACUGAAGCAACAGAAUCAACUACAACUGCUGCAACACAAUCAUCUUCAACUGAAGCAACAGAAUCAACUACAUUUGUUUUGACACAAUCAACUAAAACUGGGGCAACUACAACUGGAGCAACACAAUUGACCAUAACUACAGCAACAGAAUCUACUUCAACUGGAGUGCCAAAUUCAACUACAUCUACUACUACCCUAGCCCCUACCACAAUGACUACAACUACUCCAUCCCCUACUACCACUACAACAGCAACAACAAUCAGCACUACAACUAGACCACCAUCACGUCCAGCUUUAGUAAUAGUAAUUCGGGUUGUCCUUGUCAUAGUAUUUCAGCCAGCUCUUAAUAACUCACAGAGCGUAGAGUUCCAGCAACAAGCAAGAACUAUUGAAAAUGCAUGUGACUUAAUCUAUCGACUACGCUAUCAAAGUCGGUUUCUGCGGACCGUUGUAACAGCAUUCAGGCUGUCUCGAAAUCGAAUGGACAAUGUUGAGACAGAUGUCAACCUUGUGUUCAAUGACACUUCACCUGAACGCCUCCCUGAAAGCAGUGAUGUUGUUGAAACCUUGGCUAAAGCCAUAAACGACUCAACUUCAGGCUUUAAUCUAACUGUGGUUCCUGGUUCCAUAUCUGUGACAAGUGAACCCCGCUCAAGAGCCAUGCCCCAAUUCCGUACCAAUGGCACAUUUAUUGCAGAUCUUUCAGUAUCCACUUCCGAAGCCUUCCGUGCCAGAGCUUCACUCAUCAAAAGAGAGCUUGAGCCGUUUUUUGUUGAAGACUUUCAGCCAGAUUUCAUAAGCCUUACACCAACAAGCUUCAGCAAUGGAUCAAUUAUCCAUAUGACAGACAUUAUUGUGACCGCCAACUCCACAUUCCCCAGUGACAUGCAGAUGAUUGCCACCUUGACCAGAGCUGCAGAGAGUGGGAAUUUGUCAAUUACCAUCAUCUCCAUCAGUGGCACAGCCACAACAACUUCAAAUACCCUAGCCCCUACCACAACGACUACAACUACUCCAUCCCCUACCACAACUACUACCACUACUACUACAGCAACAACAACAGCAGCAGCAGCAACAACAACAACAACAACAACAACAACAACAACAGCAGCAACAACAACAACAACACCAACAACAACGACAACAACACCAACAACAACAGCAACAACAACGACAACAGCAACAACACCAACAACAGCAGCAACAACAACAACACCAACAACAACGACAACAACACCAACAACAACAACACCAACGACAACACCAACAACAACAACACCAACGACAACAACAACAACAACAACAACAACACCAACAACAACAGCAGCAACAACAACGACGACAACAACAGCAACAACAACAGCAACAACAACAACAACAACAACAACAACAACAACAACAACAACAACAACAGCAGCAAUCAGCACUACAACUAGACCACCAUCACGUCCAGCUUUAGUAAUAGAAAUUCGGGUUGUCCUUGUCAUAAUAUUUCAGCCAGCUCUUACAGACCCACAGAGUGUAGAGUUCCAGCAACAAGCAAGACCUAUUGAAAAUGCAUGUGACUUAAUCUAUCGACUACGCUAUGAAAGUCGGUUUCUGCGGACCGUUGUGACAGCAUUCAGGCUGUCUCGAAAUCGAAUGGACAAUGUUGAGACAGAUGUUGACCUUGUGUUCAAUGAUACUUCACCUGAACCUCUCCCUGAAAGCAGUGAUGUUGUUGAAACCUUGGCUAAUGCCCUAAACGACUCAACUUCAGGCUUUAAUCUGACUGUGGUUCCUGGUUCCAUAUCUGUGACAAGUGAACCCCGCUCAAGAGCCAUUCCCCAGUUCCGUACCAAUGACACGUUUAUUGCAGAUCUCUCGGUAUCCACUUCUGAAGCCUUCCGCGCCAGAGCUUCACUCAUUAAAACAGAGCUUGAGCCAUUUUUUGUUGAAGACUUUCAGCCAGAUUUCAUAAGCCUUACACCAACAAGCUUCAGCAAUGGAUCAAUUAUCCAUAUGACGAACAUUACUGUGACCACCAACUCCACAUUCCCCAGUGACAUGCAGAUUAUUGCCACCUUGACCAGAGCUGCAGAGAGUGGGAAUUUGUCAAUUACCAUCAUCUCCAUCAAUGGCACAGACACAGCGGUAUCAGCAGGUGAAAUCAGCAACAAGAUUAACCUCUUGAUUGCCUUUGGGCUUACCUUGCUAUCGCUCUAUGUGGCUCUGCCCUGGUAGCCUCUGAGGUCUCUCACCUCACCUUGCUGGCGCAGACUUUUAUUGUGAAGAGAAAUCUUUGACCAUCACUCUUAUUGUUGGAGGAGUUCUGCAUGGCUGACUGAAAUACUAAUAAUACUCCUACUUUCAUCGUUCAGAAGACUGGAUACGACUCCUGCAAACAUCACAUCAAAAAUGCCACAUC